AUGGCUUCAUACAGGCCGUUCCAUCCGCCGGCUCAGUCAACAGUCGCUCCUCCACCGACAGCGCCACCGAAUCAAAGUAUUCUUCAGCCCCAAGCACAACCGCCACCACACGGCAAUCAGUACCCUCAGAAUUGGGAUACUUAUAAAGGCAAAGAGGGCACCGCAUACAAUCAGAAUUAUGCCCAGAUGAAUCUGAGUUCAAACUAUAAACAUGCAGGUUAUGGAUCAUCAUCGCAACAGCAUUUCAGCCAUCCAGUCCCGCCACAGCCCCAACAGCAGCCGUUUCCGUAUCAACCACCACCACCGCCACCAUCAGAAUCUUCUUCAUAUCCUCCACCACCACCACCACCCUCGUCCAUGCCACCAUUACCGGUCCCAGCUCCUCCAACAUAUUACCCGGAUUCUCAGUUCAAUCAGCCUCAGCCAUUGCAACCGCCACCUCCGCCACCUCCUCCUUCAUCUCCUCCUCCUCCGCCACCACCUUCUCAGCCCUCGUCCCCGCCACCACUCCCUUCUGCGAGAUUAAGCACAAAGAGCAGGCAUGUAGGUGAGAAAUCAGGGCAUGGAAAUCUGGAAGCUUCAUCUAUACAUAAACAAAAGCCCCCCUUGCCGCAUACUGGCCCAGUUCAAAGAUUUGGUAGGCAUGGGCAAACAGGUAAGGCUGAGACGGAAGAGGAGAGAAGGUUGAGGAAAAAGAGGGAGUAUGAAAGGCUAAGGCAAGAGGAGAAACACAAGCAGCAUUUGAAGGAGUCUCAAACUAAAGUGCUGCAGAAGACACAAAUAUUGGCCACUGGGAUGAAGGGCCACGGAUCUAUUAGCGGAUCGCAUAUGGGUGACAGGAGUACUCCAUUACUAAGCGGAAACAGAAUUGAAAACCGAUUGAAGAAGCCGACAACGUUUGUCUGCAAAAUGAAGUUCUGGAAUGAACUACCAGAUCCAUCUGCAAAGAUGAAGCUCUUGACUUUAGGAAGAGACCCAGAUCGAUACAUUAAAUACGCAAUUACGUCAUUGGAGAAAAAUCACAAGCCUCAGCUAUACGUUGAACCGGACCUUGGGAUACCUCUUGAUCUUCUUGAUCUGAGUGUAUAUAAUCCUCCGAAGGGUGAAAGGUGGUUAACCAUGGAUCCUGAGGAUGAGGAGAUAUUGCGUGAAGAUGUUCCUAUUACCCCAAUUAAGAAAGAUGGCAUAAAACGGAAAGCAAGGCCCACUGAAAAGGGUGUUUCUUGGCUAGUCAAAACUCAGUACAUAUCUCCUCUCAGUAUGGAGUCAACGAAGCAGUCUCUUACUGAAAAACAAGCGAAGGAGUUGCGCGAAUCAAGAGGAGGUCUGAACAUUUUGGAUAAUCUUAACAGCAGGAAAGGGAAAAUUCAGAAUAUUGAGACUUCAUUCAAGGCGUGCAAGUCAAAGCCUGUUCAUGCAGUCAACUGCCAACUACAGCCUAGAAGGAUUUUACCACUUAUUCCUUAUUUUGAGCGGUAUGAAGACCAGUUUGCGUAUGCAAGUUUUGACAGUGCUCCAACAGCUGAUUCAGAAAUCUACAGCAAGCUGAAUGCAGCAGAUCGUGAUGAACACGAACGUUGGGCAAUUAUGAAAAGUUUUAUGGCUUCAAGCUCGAGUACAGAUAAACCUGAUAAAUUUUUGGCAUACAUGGUGCCAUCAGUUGGAGAGAUGAAGAAGGAUAUGCAUGAUGAAAAUGAAGAUAUUGCCCAUUCAUGGAUCCGAGAGUAUCACUGGGAUGUGCGAGGUGAUGAUGUAGAUGAUCCCACCACAUACCUCGUCGCAUUUGGCGAUUCAGAAGCCAGAUAUUUACCACUUCCGACAAAGCUUAUUCUAAGAAAAAAGAGGGCAAGAGAAGGAAAAUCAGGUGACGAGGUCGAACAUUUUCCUGUGCCUAAAAGGGUGACGGUUAGAAAUAGAUCUCAAGUAGCAGUCAGAGAAUUGAAAGAUGUUGAGGAUUAUGUAGCUUCGAAUGGUAGAUUAGGCGUGAAUGGGAAGGGUGUGCACCACAGUGAUGCUGAUGAUCAAGAUAGUGGAGGUGAAGAUUAUAUAUCCGAGUAG